GACAACAUAGCUUAACCACUUUCUGUCCGGCCCAUGUGCAUAAACGGGAGCAGUGCAGGAGCGGGUGGCCAUUUAUAAAUGUCCUCCCGCUUCCCUGCCUGUGUGUGCUCCCUGUGUGAGGUCCCGAUCAUGUGAUCACUGAUUGGCCAAUCAGUGAUCACAUGAACAGUAGUACACAAGAAGUCACUUCUGACAUCAUUGCUUACUACGUGUGAAAUCUGUGAAUGAUCACAGAGAUCACAUGGUACAGGGCCAUUCAUAACAGCCUUGUACCAUCCAUUGAGAAAUACUGUGUGAGCAGUGAUUGGUCACAGCUUGUCACAUGGUACAAGGCUGUUGUGAAUGGCCCUGUACCAUGUGAUCUCUGUGAUCAUUCACAGAUUUCACACGUA